AUGGGAGGAGCGGAGGGUGCGGUUGAGGCCGGAGAUGCAGACGGCUUUUUGGGCUACGUGACAAAUCUCAUUUUUCACGAUCCGAGCUCUGUUGGUUCAGUCGACUCGACGCUGCCUAGUCACCUAUUUCGCGAGACUCGGCUUCAUUUUCUGCCAAGUUCUGGCGACUCGCCUGCAUCAAAGUCCAUUUCUUGCGGAGCUGAGCAGCUGGAUGGACAUAGAUCGAACCGAUACGGCCAGAGCAUGUCGGAGAAGUCACAGUUUACGCUCGACAUCGCUAAAGUACCCACAACCAUUUCUAUACGACCCUCUGCUUGA